AUGGCUCUCCGGCAGCUUUAUGCUUUCUCCGUGGCACUUAUGUGGGGCUGCGUGGCGUUGGCGUCCUCCUCCCACUACUACCAUACUGCAGUUGCUCCCCCACAAGACCUUCAGGUCACUGAUCCUGGACUCUUAGGUUCUCUGGAUAUAGAGUGGAAACGUCCACCCAACGGACAAACCUUCAAUGAAUGCACAGUAAAAUACAAGUGUGAAUACCGCAACACUGGUGACAGAGACUGGAAGGUUAUUUUUACUAGGAAGCUAAAAUUCAGAGCUGGAUUUGACCUCAGCAGGACUGCUGAAGUGAAGGUACAGACACUGCUCGAAGGACGGUGUACCAAUGACGUGGAGGUGCAAAGUGACUGGAUUUAUGCUACCUUUCAGGUCCCACUGCAAGGAAAACUGGAAUCGGAGGUUCAGAAUUUCCACUGCAUCUAUCAUGACUGGGAAUACCUCAAGUGCACUUGGCAACCAAGUCUCCUUGCUCCUCACGGUGCACAUUAUGGACUAUAUUAUUGGUACGAGGGGCUGGACCACACAGUGCAGUGUGAUGACUAUAUUCGGGAUCACGGUGUAAACGUCGGCUGCAUGUUGCAAAACCUGAGCCAGGUGUAACACUGGCAGGAAAGCAGCAGGGCUUUGGGGACCCCUACAGCCACAACACACCCAAGGCACACACGGGUCUUGCACACGCUAGCAAAGCCAUCACCCCCAAAGCAGCUGGCAGUUUCCAUGUCUGCAUCUGAGGAGCUCCGCGUGGCGUGGAGCCCGCCGGGCGGUGGAACACCACCUCAGUGCCUGGAGUAUGAGGUCCAGCUGACAGGAGAGCCAGGGGACGCCAAGGCUGCAUGGACGUCUGUGUCAACCCAAAUGGAGACCACUUUAACAAUUCCCAGAGCAAAUCAAAGCCGCAUUUCAUGUGUUCGUGUCAGGGGGAAAACAAGUAUUUUCUGUGCUGACCAGGGCUUUUGGAGUGAAUGGACGCAGGAGUGUUUCUCUGUGCCCAGAAAAAAGGACAAGCAGCUAUUUAUCCUCAUUCCAGUCAUUGUGAGUUUGUCAUGUAGCUUCAUAAUAUUUAUGUUGAUUGGCCAGUGCAAGAAAAGAUCCCCAGCAGGAAAGCCAUUGCACACAUCGGUGGGAUGCUAA